CAUUGGGUAACAUAAGUCAAUUGCAAUACUUGGAUUUGUCCAAUAAUAAUUUAUCUGGAGAGCUACCAACUCACCUGCUGAUUGGUUGCAGUAGUUUGUAUAUCUUGAAGCUUUCCAACAACAAAUUGCAGGGGAAGCUUCUUGGUACAAUUCCUAGACAUCCUUCGCUUUCAUUUGUUUAUCUAGAUGGAAACAAUUUUACCGGAACAUUGCGGAGCUUUGUGUCACACCAUCGGCUAUUACUUAUAUUGGAUGUCCACAAUAACCAAUUAUCUGGUGUAAUUCCAGAGGAUAUAGGAUCUGUUUCCAUGCUGAAAAGCCUUAACCUCGCAGGAAAUCAUUUUCAUGGUCAUUUGCCACAUCAUUUAUGCAAUCUAAUAUGGCUUAGCGUGUUAGACGUAUCCCAUAAUAGCCUCUCUGGGUCGUUACCUCAUUGCUUGCCAUCAUUCAGACUACUGCAUCUCAAGUUUGCUGGGAAUGCUUUUAGAGGCACAAUUCCAAGUAGCUAUUUCAAUAUUUCAUCCCUUGUAGCAUUGGAUGUCAGCAAUAACCAGCUUUCAGGUAAACUCCCAAGACAGAUAGGGGAAAAAAUAUCUUUAAAGAUUCUUGUUCUUGGUGGAAAUUCUCUUGAAGGCACUGUACCAAUUGAGCUAUGCAAGCUACAGUCUUUGCAAAUUCUGGACCUUUCACAUAACAAUCUUUCAGGAAGGAUACCAUCUUGCUUUGGCAAAAUGCACUUCAAGCAACCUCAUUCAAUAUAUUAUUCAUAUUUUUCUAGAGAUAUGUAUUCCCUGAGCUUUUUAUCUCUUGGAAUGCCAUAUCCCACCUAUAAUUUAAAUUAUAUAUAUAUGGACGGUGACCCAAUUGAGACACUGGCGGUAGAGCUCAUCACCAAAGGCCACUUAUAUGCCUACCGAACAGAUCAUUCGCUUCUGAUGUCUACAAUUGAUUUGUCAGCAAACAAGUUGACAGGAAACAUACCGCCAGAAAUUGGAAAUCUAAACGAGCUUGUACAAUUGAAUCUCUCGCACAAUCAGCUGACAGGUCCAAUCCCAGAAACUUUCUCAAAACUUGGUCAGAUUGAGAGCUUGGAUAUAUCACACAAUCGGUUGAGUGGUGUCAUACCCUGGCAAUUGACUCAACUAAACUUCUUGGGGGUCUUCUCAGUUGCUUACAAUAACUUAUCUGGAUGUAUACCGGAUGUCAAAGGCCAACUUUCUACAUUUGAGGUGAGUAGCUAUGUAGGUAAUAUUGGAUUACAUGGGCCGCCGUUGGAGAAGACCUGCACAUCUGACUCAAGUCCAACUAAAGUAGAAGAAAACCAAGAUGAUAGCCGUGUGGUGGAUGAUGCCAUCUUCUUUGCAAUACUUGCAGCUUCUUUCGUGGCUGGCUUAUGGGGUUGCAUUGCUUUCUUGUUAUGUCAUCACUCUGGGCAGAACAUUCAAAGUAUCUUGGAUGGUUAUGUAGACUCCUUGACUGACAGAAUCUUAAUGGCAGCACAUAAGCGGGCUCGCAUGCAACGGAAUCGCAGGUGAGAUAAACAGUACCUUGGGCAUUUAAGAGAAGCCUUUUUUUGGCACUAGUCCUUUCGUAGCAAUUCAAGCAAAGCAAGCUUCUGUUUAGUGUAGUAAUAUGAAAUCUUCAAUGCCAUCUAGCUUGAUAUUGCUUUUCAUGGCUUCUUCCCUAAUUUUUAUCU